AUGGUAACAACAUUGAUAAAUCUUUUUGGUGAUGAUGAUGAUGUUGAUUGUAGUGGUGGUUGGUUUAAAGUAGAACUCGAAGUGGAAGUAACUGUAAAUAGUAGUGUGAUUAGGUUGUUUGUAAAAUGGGUGUUCGCAACCAAUAAUAAUAUUAAAAAGGUUCAAGAUUUUAUACCUAAAUAA